UUAUAAAAUAAAAAAUAAAAAUCCCCAUAAAUCCUGUAAAAAAAGCGGCCCAUGCAGACAACUUUGUCUGUAUCGCCGCCACUCCUCCGCUCCUCUAAAAACUCAUUCACUCUCUCAAAUUCUCUCCCCCUCCCUCUCUCUGAGUUCAAUGGCUUCCUCUACUGACGGCCGAAACAAGCUGGUCACUGGCUACCCGGCGCCACCGGGUCAUGUUGCCAUCGGAUACCCUCACGCAGCCGCGCCACCGCCCUCCGCCUUCUAUACUGUCGCUUACCACCACCAAUUUCAUACCCACGUUCGCCACUCUUUACUCUGCCAUCUCAUCGCCGCCCUCCUCACCGUCAUCCUCAUAAUUGGAGCCAUCUUCUCCAUCGUCUGGCUCGUCCUCCGCCCCCGCCUCCCUGAGUUCACCGUCGCCUCCGCCACCGUCUCCCCUAUCAACGCCACAGCCUCCGAGGUCACCGCCACCUGGGACGUCUCUCUUCUGAUUAAAAACCCUAACACCAAGCUCACCGUCUUCUAUGACAGUCUCGAUGCCUCGGUCUUCUAUGGCGAUUCUCUACUAACCCAGACCGAAUUGCGGCCCUUUUCUCAACCCAAGAACAAACAAAAUCUGAUUCGUUCCAGGUUCGCAUUGGUUAGGGCCAAUGUGGGGGACAACGUGGCGAAGGCCAUUUCGAGUGAUCGGGCUCGUGGGUCGGUGAGUUUCGGAGUUAGGGUUCUUUCUUUGGUUAGGUUUAGGACCGGAGGGUGGCGAAUGAGGAAGCAUUUAUUGAGGGUGUACUGCGAUGGACUGAAUAUUGGGUAUUCGUCGAGUAACGGACGGGGGACUUUGCUGAAUCCGUCUAAAGAAUGUGAAGUUGAUAUCUGAAGGAACAGAACAUGAGAGUCUAAGUUUGAUGAAUGGGGUACUCCUAGAAGCAUAAAAUGAUGGUACUGUCCAAUCACUUCAUCGAGAAGUAAGAGUUGCAAUUGAUUGGUUACAGAUUUUGUUUGUGUAGUCUCAUUUUAUGUUUUGGGAAGUUCUCUUUAAAGCAUACCUAAUGUACUGGAUUGAUGAUGAAGUGUUGUGUUGUUUGUUUUUUCUUUCA